GGGGGUGAAUCUGCAAGGCUCAGCUCACCACGCCUCGGCACGGUGAGUUCGUCAGCCAUAUUGACUACCUCCUCUGCUGUCGUGGGAAGCGGGCGAGAGGAACUCCGCUGGCCCGAAAAGCCUGCGUGCUAUCACCGAGCCCUCCGAAGUGCGCUCCGCGUCCGGUAAGCAGCGCAGAGGGGGUCGGCCGGGAAGGUGAAACGCUCUAUUUUUAAACCCCGCCGUGGAUAUAUAAAGCAAGCGCUGCCAGCUGGAGGAGGUGACGGCACGGCGCAUCCUCAGAGGAGCCGCCUGGCGUUAGAGGCGGCGGUGCCCCAGAGUGCGGCAGGAAGACGGAGGACGACUUCUUUCAGUUUCAUCAGCGACGGGGAACGGGAGGAGAGAGAAAGAUGCCCAAACCGGUCAAUGUGCGCGUCACCACCAUGGACGCUGAGUUGGAGUUCGCCAUCCAGCCGAACACAACAGGAAAACAGCUGUUUGACCAGGUGGUGAAGACUGUGGGUUUGAGGGAAGUCUGGUUCUUCGGCCUGCAGUACACAGACAGCAAAGGCUACGUGACGUGGCUCAAACUCAACAAGAAGGUGACCCAGCAGGACGUUAAAAAGGAGAAUCCUCUCCAGUUCAAGUUCAGAGCGAAGUUCUUCCCGGAAGACGUUUCCGAGGAGCUCAUCCAGGAGAUCACGCAGAAGCUCUUCUUCCUUCAGGUGAAAGAGGCCAUUUUGAAUGAUGAGAACUACUGUCCUCCAGAAACGGCCGUCUUGCUGGCCUCCUAUGCGGUUCAAGCCAAGUAUGGAGAUUACAGCAAAGACGUCCACAAGCCCGGUUACCUGGCAAACGACCGGCUGCUGCCACAGAGAGUUUUGGAGCAACACAAGUUAACAAAGGAGCAGUGGGAGGACAGAAUACAGACAUGGCACGAGGAGCACAGAGGAAUGCUCAGGGAGGACGCCAUGAUGGAGUACCUGAAGAUCGCUCAGGACCUGGAGAUGUACGGCGUUAACUACUUCGAAAUCAAAAACAAGAAGGGCACGGAGCUGUGGCUGGGCGUGGACGCUCUGGGCCUCAACAUUUAUGAGCACGAAGACAAAUUGUCUCCGAAGAUCGGCUUCCCUUGGAGCGAGAUUAGAAACAUUUCCUUCAACGACAAGAAGUUUGUCAUCAAACCCAUCGACAAGAAAGCUCCAGACUUUGUGUUCUACGCCCCUCGGUUACGGAUCAACAAGCGCAUCCUGGCGUUGUGCAUGGGAAACCACGAGUUGUACAUGAGGAGGAGGAAGCCGGACACCAUCGAGGUGCAGCAGAUGAAGGCCCAGGCGAGAGAGGAGAAGCACCACAAGCAGAUGGAGAGAGCGCAGCUGGAGAACGAGAAGAAAAAGCGCGAGCUGGCAGAGAAAGAGAAGGAGCGAAUAGAGAGGGAAAAGGCCGAGCUGAUCGAGAGGCUGAGGCAGAUCGAAGAGCAGACGCAACGGGCUCAGAAAGAGCUGGAGGAGCAGACGCGCCGGGCGCUGGAGCUGGAGCAGGAGCGAAAGCGGGCAAAGGAAGAGGCCGAGCGGCUGGACAGGGAGAGGCAGGUGGCGGAGGAGGCCAAGGCAACGCUGGCUCAGCAGGCCGCCGACCAAAAGAAGACCCAGGAACAACUGGCUGCCGAGUUAGCAGAGUUCACUGCCAAAAUCGCUCUGCUUGAGGAGGCAAAGAGGAAAAAGGAGGAGGAAGCGUCGGAGUGGCAACACAAAGCCAUUUCAGCGCAGGAAGACCUGGAGAAGACGAGGGAGGAGCUGAAGACGGCCAUCACGUCUCCGCCGGCGCCUGAGCACGACGACGAGCACGACGAGCUGAACUCGGAGGCAGAGGCCGAGCUGGUCAGCGACGGCGUCAGCAGCCAGCGCAGCGAAGAGGAGCGCGUCACCGAGGCGGAGAAGAACGACCGCGUGAAGAAACAGCUGCAGGCUCUGAGCUCGGAGUUGGCGGAGGCCCGGGACGACACCAAGAAAACCCAGAACGACAUGCUGCACGCCGAGAACGUCCGGGCGGGGAGAGACAAGUACAAGACGCUGCGCCAGAUCCGCCAGGGCAACACCAAGCAGCGCAUCGACGAGUUCGAGUCCAUGUGAACGCACGCGACGGUCGGUCGGUCUCAUUGCCACGGCAACGCCUCACUUUACUUGUUUCAAAACCCAAAAGCCUGCUCUUGCCACUCCGGGAUCUUUUCUUUUUUCUUUUUCUUCUCUGCUUGUUUUGGCCCAGGAGGAAGAGCUGCAGCAGCAGCAGCUGCAGCUGCAGCAGCAGCGGCUGCAGCUGCAGCUGCGAGGCUUUUUCGCGAGUUCAGCCUCUUUAAAGCUCUACCUGCAAGCAGCUGGCCCGUUGCAGUUCUGUAUGCUACGAGAGGCUCCGCCCUCAACCUAACAAAGCACUUUUUUU